AUGUCAUCACCAUCCUCACCACCACCAUUAGAAUCUGUUGACAAAAAAAUGCCUACAUUGAUUCCUUUUGACAAAGUCCCCAGGACUGUAGUAGUGUAUCCCACUAACUGUUGCUUUGCUUGUGGUGAAAAACCUCUAAAUUUGACCAAGGAUAGGACAAGACCUUCUGAUCCUCGGACUAAAGCUGUUCCACUUAAAGUGACCAGAAACCAUCCGUACUAUAACUACAUUGUGCCUCCAUUUCGACCACCACCACCACAUCCACCUCUAGGAAGUUUACCAGCACCAACUCGACCACCACCAACUCGACCACCACAUCCACCUCUACAAAGUUUACCACGACAGCCACCAUCAUCAUCAACACCAUCUUCUGCAAAUAGUAAGAAAAAAGGUUAUUAUGAACAACCAGCAACAUUGGUUUUUGGAGAGUCUGAUGAUCUACGGCUAAAAGUAAAAAAAGUUUCGAAUUUUUUAUUUGCUCAUAAUAAAUAUAUUAAUCGCAAAGACAAAGAGAUAAUUGUAUCCAUUUUGCUAGAGCUUACCAUUAAGGCAUUCAGCAAGUAG